CUCUCCUGCUGGAGGAGACGAGGCGGAGCGCCGCGAAGGCGGAGAGAAGGUGACCCCGCGGCGGGUACUAAAUAAAUCAAGAUGUCUUCGGCACCUGAGCCUCCAGCCUUUAAAAAGGAGACACCCAAGGAGAAAGACUUUGGAAACCCAGGGCUCAGAGGGGUCCGCACCACAACUUUAUUUCGAGCUGUGAAUCCAGAGCUCUUUAUUAAACCUAACAAACCCGUAAUGGCUUUUGGGUUGAUAACCCUUUCCCUUUGCGUGGCGUAUAUUGGUUAUCUACAUGCAACACAAGAGAAUAAGAAGGACCUCUAUGAAGCUGUUGACAGUGAGGGGCACAGUUACAUGAGGAGGAGAACGUCUAAGUGGGAUUAGCAGUGCUGGUGACUGCGGAUGGAGCUGCAUGGCAGGGCUCUGAAAUCUUCCACUCAAGGUUAUGCCCGCACAAAAGCAUGUUUCUUGUUCCGGGAUUUGCUAGUAAGGGAGCAGGGUGGCACUUACAGCCGGACCUCUGGAGUGAGUGUUGUCCUAUAGUCGUUACCUCGUUCUUUUUCCACAGAAAGAGCUUCACAAUAUUUUCUUUUAUUAAAUCCUCUUAUAAAAGUGCCAGGAGAAUGGAAGUCAUUUUCAUGAAUUAAAUUUGCAUAGUAUUUUAAGGGGAAUUGUGCAUUUACAACUGUCUUGAGGGUUUUAGUUUGUUUUGCUAUUUGCAAAGACUAUUCAUUUUACACCUGGCAUGGGACCUAUAUUUGAAGAAGAAAUAAUGGUAAAUUAUUGUAAAGCCUUCAUUUAAAAGCAAAUCGUUUUUACAGGGUCACAAAUCAUAUAUAUAGUUUGAUUUUUCAUUUCAGCUAAUUUUGGCCCAGAAUUUUAUUACAAUUGAAGAGAUGCUGAUACUCCCACACACCUGUUAAAGAUUAAAUGAGCGAAUAACCUAAAGUAAUUGGAGCUUUUCUUUUUUUUUUUUUUAAGUAUGUUAUACUGAGGCUUGAUGUUUUUAUUUGACUACAACUAAAUGUUAUCUAUUUUGGUUUUUGUAAAUUAAUGUUAAAGUGAUAUUAUAAACAUAAGACCAAGAGUUCUUGUAGUUAUUUAAAAACUAGAACUACUCAGAUAAGAAAAGAAGGUCUCCUUACUGUCCUGGGUUUACCUCAUGUAAUUUAACUCUUCCUGAUGAGGGUUCUAGACCUGUUUCACUUCUAGAUAUUUGCCCCAUUCUCCAAAUCAUUGGAAUUAGAGUUCAGUAAUAAAUCUCACCUUUGAA